AAAGCCAUGCUCAAGAAAAGAAAAGCCCGCGCGCAGGUGUUGCAGAGCUUAUUGCACGACGGGCGGGGGUUGGGGAUGGGGUUGCACUUGCAGAACGAGAACCAGAAACAGGAUGAAAAACCUCCGCAGAAGGUGAUGAACGACACUGGGGCAUCAAAUAAAACUACUACAUCGAGUCGCACACCAGAAGAGUCCUGUGCAACGCCCGCAAACCUGUUUUCCCAAACGCAGCAUUUCUUUGCGGACGGAUCGCAGACGCAGACCGGGGACGAGAUCAUGGAAGGCCCACGACCUGGUGUGGAAAAAAUGACUGCUACUUCGGGUCAAAAAACAGUGGCGGGAGAUGAAAAGCAAGGACAGGUGGGUGAAGUAGAUGGCUGCGGGAACAACAUUACGCCCGGAUUUUUUGCGUUUCCGUUUUCAUCUUCAACACCUUCACAAACACCCGCGUUUAAUAAUACUCUUACGCCAGGUUACAACUACGGCACGAGCCGCUUGCUGCCGUUUCAAAACAAGAGGCGGGAGGAGAUAUUGGCGGAGGAAGAGAGAAAUAAACGGUUGAAGAGGAAAUACCUGAUAUCGAAAGGAAAAAUCCCCCCUCCCCAUAUCAAAACGGAACUUCUGAUGCUGGAGUUGUGUACACAAAUCAGCUUUGUAUUGCAGCAAGGCAUAAUUGCGGCUAGACCCCCAGUCUGCGUUUGGGUGUAGUUGUUCAGCAUUGCAAACGGCUGCCCUUUAGGCGCAACAGCGUGGCAAAUCGUUUCCUUAACGGGGCAAAGGCUUGUGCCCUUGUUUUCUUGCAAGACAAAUGUGAUUUGUGGCCACAAAUCAGCAACGCAAAUCUUCGGAAACAUACAGCGUCAAUAUGGGCAGGGGGAGUUUUUCCGUUCAAUACGUGAAGCAGCUGAAAGUGAUUUACGAAAACGAAAUCCUGAAAAAAACGUCAGAGCUCCGGAAGGCGCAGGUGCUUUUCAGCAAGCAGGAGGGAAAGUUGCGGGAAAUCCAAGCAGAGAAAUUGGAGUUGGAGAUGGGGACGAACUACUGCAGUGGAGCGACCUGCGGAGCUAAUGUGUUAGAAAAGCAACUGUUCAAGAGCCAUCCGACCGAUUUCACCCACCUCUCCGGCGCCCGACAAGUUGCCGACUACCUUGAGUUUCUUGUUUCCGAGCGCCGGUUCUGGCUGGGAAUUUCGGAAAACUUGGAAAAAGUGGAGAAGAUGUUGAAGGAAGAGACAAGAAGAAGAAGUUGUGGGACGGCCACUUCUACGCUGGAUAAACAGAGUUCAUCCCUGGUGGAGAAGAAAUCCGUGGAUUCAGCAGCAAACGAAGACAGACUCGUGGCGCGAAACGAUAGCGAAACGAGGAAAAAUCAGUCGUCGCUUGCAGUACCAAAUGAAGAAGCAAGUGACGACGAAGUAGAGAACGCUGACAACUACAAUAGGACCACGAGCACGGCGACUUCCAGCAGACAGCUUGUGGCUGCAGAGAGGUUUUUUCACGAGGAGAUCCAGGAAAAGAUUCUUUCUCGUCGGCGCGAGCAACAAGCCAGUCUUUUUCCUAAUAGUAAAAGCAACAAACGGAAGCGGAAAACAAACUUGUCCCUCGUGAAAUCCGGCGAAGAACCUGGAGGUGCAAGCUCUUCGAAGAAAAGGAAGAUAAAAGAAGACCAGAACCACGACUCUAAGAACUCAGGCGGACGGGCGGAAACGACGGAUCACUGUGAAGAUAUGGCAAUGGGAAAUACUUUUUUCAGAAAACUUUUUUUUUUCGCCGCAUAUGAUCUCACGGCACUCCAUAGGCAUACAAGCGGGCACGCGCAGAAUAGAUCUGUCUAAGCGAGUAGACGGCUCUUGGUACUUAGCUAGCUACCUGUGACGCAAAAGAGAUGCGGCCUCCGGAGUAGCCGCGGCCAUGGAUUCGGUCCUUGGCGCUCUGGCCUCAAGGUACUUGACACACAAUGCCCCCACCGCGGCCUUUGUGUAUGGGGCGGAGGCUCAGGGUAAGUCAGCGAAAUUCUGAAUGGCUCGCUUAGACGCGGCUGUCUGAAACGCGCGUGGCCUCUAGGCGUCGCUCGCCCCAGCUUUCGAAGUUCCCCAAUAGAAAAAUACAGAUCAGGCUUAGAGCUUCGGCGUCUUUGGGUUUGUUCCGGGCCAGGCUGUACAGCUCCCCGUCUUGGCCGAAUUCGCGCUGUCAUUGUUCCAGACGCAUUCUUGCAAAAGCCGCAAACUUGCGGAAACACAAAGCGCGGCCGGGCCCCCCCUUGAGGGGGGGGUUUGGGGGACCCCCCUUCGUGGAGAUAUCAAUGGGGAGUAGCUCUCGGCAAAGGCCCCGAAAGGGGGGGGUUUGGGGGACCCCUUGGGGGGACCCCCGAGGACUUCGACUUGCAGCCGAGGAGGGAACUCUGCUAGCCUCCUGGCAAAACAGGCUGGGGCGAAGAACCGCACCCCGAGACCCAGGCCCGGAGGAGCGCCGCGGCCCUGGCAUCACUGUCGUCAGCGCUGCCGCGUAUGGAUUUGAAUUAUUUUGAAGCUGCGCGCGGGCGCCUGUUUCUCCUGCUGGGGCGUGGGCCUGCUGUUGGCCCCAACCCGCAGCACGUCCGGCCUUGGGCUGCCCGCGUAUUGCUUUCAUUAAAGCGAAAGCACUGCAGGGGCUGGCCUUCCGACAUCUACGCCGGCCACGCCGGACCCAAAGCCAUGACGCAGUGAGCCCCGAGUGCGGUAAUCUUCUUGCCGUCAGGCAAGCGAGCUCAGGAUACCACUGCAGGCGCUGUUGCCACGCAGUCGAUUUUUGCCGGCAAAAAGCCAUCUACUUACCGCGACGGGUAAGUUAUAUGUGGCAAAAAAAAAGAGUUUUCAGCAAAAAGUAUUUCCCAUUGCCAUAGAAGAUAUAGGCGGACGGGCGGAAACGACGGAUCACUGUGAAGAUUAUCCUCCUGUAGUAGAAGAGCCAGGAGAAGGAGACCUCCAAGCGGAUAGUACUGGUCCAGUGAAAAAUCAAGGAGAUGAUCAUGAGGAUCCCAAUUGCAGCAAAGGUAAAAACACGUCGCCAGCAGGAGUUUCUUCCGCCCAAGCCGACCUCCUCGCCCAGCCGACCCCCGCGCCGGUGUUUUUUUCAGAAGAAGCCGCCGCUUGGCUGCAGAAGAAUUUCGCCGUGGACGAUAGUUUGUGGGUGUACGCGAGAACGUACAUUUUGCUUGAGUCGGAACAUAGAAAUAGCAAGGAGGACAGCGAUUUGACAACAUCACCGAAGGACUUUCUUGCCGAAAAAGCGUUUCUCUACCUGAAGUGCGCGGUUUUUAAGCAGCUGGUCUUACUGCAGAGAGAGAUUGAAACGAGUUACGAUCAGGUUUUCGCGAUUGCGACUGGAACAUGUGAGGAAAAAGGGGAGAAGCAUGUUGAACUGGUAGCUCAACAUGGGGACAGGACGAGCAAGAUCAGUACAUGUACAUCAACUGCAGUUCCGGGUGGAACUUCUACAACUGUCCCGGACCACCCCAAGAACACGAACACGAGCAGUGGCCGCGGGCACUCAAUCUCGUUCACUCAGCUGGUCAACAAGAAGAAAAUCAACAUCAUUUCCCAGCUGGAGACCUACAAUGAACGAAUCGCCCGGGCGCACACCGAGCUGCAAUCCAUAGAAGCGGAGAUAGUCGAGAAAACCGCGGCCAUCGGGGAUUGCAAGGAGGAAUUCGAUAUCCUGUGCAAAAGUAUCGUAUUUUUAUUGCAAUCAUGCAUUACAAAUUUAUUUUUUUCUUAUGGUAAAGCCUACCGCAUUGCAAAUUCAAUUUCUCAUGCUGAUGAAAUUUGUAAUGCAUUUAUACGAGUGCGAUAUUUUAAUUUUUGCAAUGCAUAUUCGAGGUCGCAGUUUGCGAGGUUUUCGGCGCGGAUCAGAUAGCCGCCGGCGCCGAACCCGGGAGCGCGUCCGCCGUUUCUGUGCGCAGCGCGGCCGCGGCGUCGGUGCUGUCGGCGGCGCAGGCAACGCUUUUUGUUCCAAACGGUUUUUACAGCGGUCGUGGUGGUCGUAUUGGAGGCGGUGGUGCAGCAGCGGGGCGGGGGUCUUCUGCACAGACCCCGGCACAAGUUGUGCAACAUCCACACGUGGCCGCGCUGUGGACAAAAGCAGACUCGACUCUGGAACAGGCUUGGGUGGCGGUUAUGUCCCUAUCAACUGCAAAAAUGUCUGGGUCUGGAAGGUUGACACUUGUGAUGCGCAUUUCAGAGCACAGAAAAAUCUCUCAUGCAUAGGCAGCAAAAGUUGCCCAUUUUCUGUCACCAAAGUCAGGGAUUUGUCAUGCGGAUUCGGAACUACUGCCCAAUCGUGACCAUGCCCGUAGGAACUACUUUAAUACUGUCUCUACGACUUUUGACUUCAUUCAUAACCUUCAAUUGUAUUCCUACCUAACUUGUAUUUUUUGUUUUUUCUCUGUACGAUUGGCCAAAGCGCCACCGGGACAGCCUGCCCGUAGACCACCGAUGUCAUGCGGAUUCGGCAUUGCGAACGCUUCUCGAAACCUGUGAUGCUAGAGCUUGCAUGCCAGACCUUCUGUGUCAUGCAAAAGCAGCAUGAGUCUUCCAGACCCAGACACUUUUUCAUUUGAUAGUCCCUGUGCGAACGGAGUCCAGCUUGGCGGAUGGCCUUCAAGGAGCAACAGAAUAUCGCAAGAAAGAAACUGUGUAAGUGUAAAUCUGUGAUGCAGAACACGCAGCAGAGUUACACCUGUCAUGCCAGACAGCCAUGAAGUCCUCUUUUCAUGUGUGUUUUCCCUUACCAACCAUGCAUGACAGGUUUUCUCUGUCAUGUACGGCAAAUUUGUGAUGCUGUUUCCCAAAGAAAGUUACACUUACACACUUUUUUUCCUGGAUACAGAAGGGAGAAUGAACAAAGCGAGAUCAUAAGUACUUCGCUUAGCACGAUGCGCAAUUAUAUCAUAUCUUUCUCUGUGACUGUGUCGUGCAGCUACACAAUUUCUGACUAUCUUGCGAAGAUUCGCUCGUGGUGAGCGUCUGGAAUGGAUAUCAACAUCGAUGAAAGUCAAAAGGAAAAGUCAUUCUGUUUCGACUGCUAGAAUGUAAAUUCGUUAUCGAUGUUAAUGUUUCCAAAAAAAGCAAUCGAACCAUGUGUGUGGUGCCAGUGAACCAUGUGUAUGGUCCAGCGAGAAGGCAAAGCCAGAAACGAAUGUCAGC